UUGACUUCCAACAGCUAUGGCUGCGGUCUCUAGAAGAGUUGAAAGAAUGAAUGAUUUCUCUUGUGUUUCCGGGGUUUUUGUUGUCUCUUUUAUUUUGUUUGGUUGGUUUCCCGUGUGUGGGUUUGGUGGCACCGAGACGUGUUAGUUAUGUGUCUUGCCGGAGGAGGCGUAAUAGUCGCGACGAGGUCGCCACAUUUGAUCACUAUAUAGCGACAUUUUGUCACGUCAUUGUUGAAUCGAUAAGUGUGAGAAGUUUCAUCAAGCGUGCGUAUAUUUCAAGUAGACUGUUAUAACUACUAAAGUUAGCUGCAAAGAAGGGUAUAGAAUAAAGAUCUUAUUUACAUUAUUUCUACGAUUCUACACAAAAUGAGUCAUAGAUUGACAAAAAGGGUACACGAAGAAGACGAUGGAUAUGAACGUGCUUAUAAAAAACGAAGACGUGUUUCUGAAAAUCAAGAAAUUGAAGAUCGUUUAGAAUCUUUAAUUUUAAGGGUAGGUGAAAAAUCUACGUCUUCCUUGGAAAGCAAUUUGGAAGGCCUCGCUUCGGUUUUGGAAGCUGACCUUGGACUAUUUCGUAGUAAAAUACUCCGCAUUUUAACAGAUUGUGCCAUUAAAAUGCCGGAAAAAUGUACUAUUUAUACAACUCUAGUUGGAUUACUGAAUGCAAAAAAUUUCAAUUUUGGUGGUGAAUUUGUUGAUUAUAUGGUUAAGAAUUUUAAAGAUGCUUUGAAGGGAUGCAAGUGGGAUGUGGCAAGAUAUUCCCUGAGGUUCCUUGCGGAUUUAGUAAAUUGCCACGUUUUAUCGUGUGGUUCGUUAAUGCAGUUAUUUGAUAAUAUGCUAGAUGCUGCAAAUGAAGAUAGUGUACCGCAAGUAAGACGCGAUUGGUACGUCUUUGCUGCUUUAUCAACAUUACCAUGGGUCGGAAGAGAACUUUAUGAGAAAAAAGAACAAGAAUUGGAUCAUCUAAUGGUAACCAUAGAAAUAUUUUUAAAUAAACGUAAUAAGAAACAUCAGCCAGCGUUAAGAGUUUGGUCUAGUGAUACACCUCAUCCUCAAGAAGAAUACUUGGAUUGUUUGUGGGCACAAGUAAGAAAACUUAGACAAGACAAUUGGGCAGAGAAACACAUUCCUAGGCCAUAUCUUGCUUUUGAUUCUAUUUUGUGUGAAGCGUUACAACAUAAUUUGCCUGCUAUAAUACCUCCUCCACAUCAUGAAAAUUGUACCUAUCCGUUGCCUACUGCUGUCUUUCGUAUGUUCGAUUAUACCGAUUGUCCUGCCGAAGGACCUGUAUUACCUGGAAGCCAUGCCAUUGAGAGAUUUCUUAUAGAGGAACAUUUACGCCAAAUUAUUAAUAAUUAUUUUUUUGAAAGGAAAGAUUGUGCUGCACAAUUAUUAAAUUUUCCAUACAAAGCCAAAAUUCCUUUGGACUAUUGUAUAGUGGAAGUAAUAUUUGGAGAAUUAUUUAGAUUACCAACACCAAAACAUCUAGAGAUUUGUUAUGGAUCAAUUUUGAUAGAACUUUGUAAACUACAGCCUUCAACAAUGCCACAAGUAUUGGCCCAAGCAACAGAAAUUUUGUUUCGUCGAAUAGAUAGUAUGGCAGCUACUGCUUUCGAUCGUUUUGUUUGGUGGUUUGCAUAUCAUUUAAGUAAUUUUCAAUUCCGAUGGUCUUGGGAAGAUUGGGAUUCUUGUUUACAACGUGAUCCGGAGCAUCCAAGACCUAAAUUUAUUAGAGAAGUAUUGCUAAAAGCUUUGAGGUUAUCGUAUUAUCAGAGAAUUCGUGAUAUGAUGCCAGAAUCGUAUGCCGAAUUAAUACCUGCACUACCAGAACCGGUAUAUAAAUAUUCAUCAGAAGGAGCAAGCUCUCUACCUGGUACUGCUGCAGCACACGAAUUAGUUGUAUCUAUAAGACGUAAAUGUACACCUGAAGAAGUUUUGAAUGUUCUAAAUACUUUGCCAGGACCUAAGGAUCACGAAGAAACAAAUAAUUUCAAUCCAUUAAAGAUUGAUGUCUUUGUUCAAACUUUACUUAAUCUUGGUUCCAAGAGUUUUAGUCAUAGUUUUGCAGCUAUAGGAAAGUUUCAUUAUGUCUUUAAAGUACUUGCAGAAACUGAAGAAACCGAAAUAUGUAUAUUAAGAAAUAUGUAUGCAUUAUGGAAGAACCAUUAUCAAAUGAUGGUAGUAUUAACAGAUAAAUUCUUAAAAACUGGUAUCAUAGAAUGUAGUGCUAUUGCAAAUUGGAUAUUUUCCAAAGAAAUGGCAUCAGAAUUUACAAAACUUUAUAUUUGGGAAAUUUUGCACCUAACAAUAAGGAAAAAAAAUAAACAUGUUAUUAAAUUAACCACAGAAUUGACAGAAGCAAGAGAAAAAUUAAGAAGGGCUGAAAGUAGAUCUGGUUCUUCAUCUGAGGAUGAUGACACUAAUAAAGACCGUAAUAGAGAGAAACCAUCGGAAGAUGUUGUAGAAAGAAUGGAAGAAAAACUAGAAGCAGCACAAGCAAAUCAGAAAAAUUUGUUUCUCAUCAUAUUUCAACGAUUUAUAAUGAUUCUUUCGGAGCAUUUAGUAAGAUGUGAUACUGAUGGUAUCGAUUAUAAUACUCAUUGGUACAAAUGGACCAUAGGACGAUUACAACAAGUGUUCUUGACCCAUCAUGAACAAGUACAGAAAUAUUCAUCAACUUUAGAAACUUUGUUAUUUACUCCAGAUUUGGAUCCUCAUAUUUUAGACGUAUUUCAUCAGUUUGUAUCUUUAAGAGCAUAAUUUAAAAGUAUAAUUCUAAUAAAGUACAUAGUUAUAAUUAUAUCAAAUAAUGAUGUAAGUGGCUUAAAUCCAAAUAUCACGACUAUUUUGUUUUAAACAAAUGUCAUGUGGUAAAAGAUCCUAUUUACCAAAUUUAUGACUAUACUGUGACUACACACAGUAAUAUAAGAAAAGUCUACUUUGUCAUUUCUAAUGAUAAUGAUAGUAUCAAAGACAUAGAAAAAAUAACAAGUCAAAUAUGUUGCUUAAAUAUAGUGCAUUUAUAUACAAGUAUUUAUAAGUAUGGGCACUAUUGUUAGCAUGAAUGAAAUGUUCUUUGAUUAAUAUAUAACUAUGGAGAUUCAUAUAAUAUUCUGUGAAUUUUACUAAAGUUAUGAGAUAUCAAACAUAUACAUGUUUUCUAACUAAAACUAUAAAUUCUAUAACUAUAACUAUUUUAUAUUUAAGGUAUCUUAAAUACAUGCUUGAUUUUGCUGUAAUUUUGUAGAAAGAUUUAUCAUUAUCAUUUAUCAAAAUAAAUCUUAAUAAAAAGA